AGCGAAUAAUGAGGAGUGGAAAGGAGGAGGAAAGAGGAGAGAGGAGAGGAGACUAGGUAGGAGGAGAUAAGCAAGAGGGUAAGGAGGACAAGAAGGAGAAGACGAGGUAACCUUCAAGGAGGAGGAGGAGGAGGAGCAAGAGGAGGAGGAGGUAGUUUUCAAAAUGGAGGAGGAGAGGAGGACGAGCUGGCCAGAAGGAUGGGAAGGAGAAGCUGGCAGCCAUCAAGGAGGAGGAGGAGGAGGAGGAGGAGGAGGAGGAGGAGGAGGAGGAGGAGGAGCCGGCAGCCUGCAAGGAGGAGGAGGUAGUUUUCCAGGAGGAGGAGGUAGUUUUACAGGAGGAGGAGGUAGUUUCCAGGAGGAGGAGGAGCUCUCAGCCUUCCAGCAGGAGGGGGAGGAGGAGCUCUCAGCCUUCCAGCAGGAGGAGGAGGAGGAGGAGGAGGUAGCUUCAACGAGGAGGAGAGGAGGAGGAGAGGAGGAGGACGAGAAGAAGAGGGCGUAGCUCUCAAGAAGCAGGAGGUGAAGCUGAUAGGCUUCCAGGAGUAGGAGGAGGUGGUGGUUGCCUUCCUUUCCCUUCCUUCAUGCGGCCACCUGUCGAGGAAAGCGAGCGAUGACGUCAUCAUAAAGUCGGAAGCCAUACGUACGGCAGCCAAUGAGACAGC